CUCCUCGCGUCUACGUCGCUUUCCCGCCUGUCCUUUUAUGGUAUGGGGAUACCCGCCGUCACCACCGGAUGCUGCCCAUGUUUGGGCAGCUGCGAAGCGCGCGGCGGGGGGAAUCCCUCGCGCCGGCGCCGACCAAUAAGGCCGGGACGGGAGUUACCUAGGAGACGGAGAGUAUAAAAGCGCGCGGCGAGCGGAGGGAGCCCAGCAUCUUCAGCCUCAUCACCGAGCGGACUAACGGGACUCACCGAGCGGCUCCGGUAACGGAUUAACGACCGAGCAGGAUAUUUAUUUGAAACCCAGGCACGAGGGGAACCCCCGACACCGGCACGAGCCGCUUAAACCAGUUUCUCUCGCACACGAACCGCAACAGUUCACGCAAUGCUUCUGGAGCGCGAGGACAGCUUCAUGUCGGAGUUUGAAGACGCGUGCAGCGCCUGGGUGGACAGCGUGGGCUCGAGCCCCAGCGACGGGGCCGAGUCUGACGUGGGCUCACCUUUCUGUCAAGUUUUCUCUCCGGGAACUGACGCCUCUGACUCAGAUUUCUUCUCCGACUUCAGUGACUGCUCCUCGGACACGCUCUCUCCCUCCCUCGGUUACAGCGGCAGCUUCUUCGCGGAGCCGGAGCCGUCUCCUCCUCCUCCUCCUCCUGCUCCUGCGGCGGCGGGACUGAGCAGCACCGCGGACGCCAUCCUCAACAUGAUCACGGAGAUCGUCGGGAUCUGCACCGAGAUGGAGCAGCAGGGCGACGCCGGCUCUCUCCGCGAGGCCAGCCCGUCCUCCGCGGCCGCAGCCUCCCCCUCGCCCCCGCUCUUCGCUCCAUCCCCCUGCGUGGCUCCCAGCCCGGACAUGAGCGUCCCUGCUCCGGCUGCAGCUCCGCAGCUUCCCCCCUCCUCCGCCUCUCAGCCAGUGGUGGUCAAGAGCGAGUUCGUGACCUCCAGCUGCAGCAGCGGCUGUGGACAGUCUCCCAUGACCGGGAACGAUGCUCUGUUCCCGGGCAGCGCCGACUCUCUGCUCCCGCUCUCUGCUCUGGAGCAACAGGUGGAUGUGGCUGAUUUCAUCGACUCUCUGCUGAGCUGCGAGGCCGGACAGGGCGAGCUGAAGCCCGGCUGUGAGGUGAAGCAGGAGCCGCUGGGUCUGGAGGACUGGCUGAAGAGUUUAGCGGCGGCUCCGGUUACCGGGGGAGACUCCGGCAGCUACGUCAUCAGCCGGCCGGUCAUCAAGACGGAGCUCGUGCAGAGCGGGAGCGACCUCCAUUUCUCCCCCGCACCCCUCCCCUCCACCCUGGACGCUCACCUGCUCUCCUCCCUCCUGCAGGGCGCGUUCCCGAUAGUCAACAUCAGCAACGUGCACGCGGCCGGAGCCCCCAAACUGUCACGCGGGGGCAGGAGAGCUCCCGCCAAGAGCGGGCUGAAAGUGAAACCUUUCCCCUGCUCCGUGCAGGGGUGCGAGCGCCGCUUCUCGCGCUCGGACGAACUCAACAGGCACGUGCGCAUCCACACGGGGCAGAAGCCGUUCCAGUGCACCAUCUGCGCGCGCAGCUUCAGCCGCAGCGACCACCUGACCACGCACACGCGCACGCACACCGGAGAGAAGCCCUUCUCGUGUGAUGUGUGCGGCAAGAGGUUCGCGCGCAGCGACGAGAGGAAGAGGCACGGGCGCGUGCAUGUGAAGCAGCAGCUGCGCGCGCAGAUGAUGGCCGCCUACUCCCUGGCCCUGAACGCGCCUGGCGUCUAAACAGCAGCUGAUCUGGCCGGUGAGGCUGCCGCGGAGAUUUGAACCGUCAACCGGAGAGCGUCAGCGUGACGUUUCCAUGUGACGUCACAUUGAAGGCGAUUUUAGCUGAAGCCCCGCGAGGAGGAAGUGAAAGGUGUUUGCAGGUGUUCAGAGGACUCUAGUCCGGGUCUGAGGGUGCACGUGGACAUGAGGGUCCACGUGCAGGAGAACAGCUGAUGGAGAACAGCUGAGGAGGAUUUAAAGACUUCCUGCCCAGGGUCCAGGUUUGACCCUGGACCAGGUCUACCUCCGGAUCAUCACGGUGCUCUGAACUCUAACAGGCUGUUUCCUAAAGAAGCGUCUUGCUCGUGACUCUGAAUGUUUGGCGGGACUUUAAAGGAGCAGUCCGUCAAACAGAAACAAAGUUUUACUGUAAAAUAAAAAUCUGCAUGAGGACGUGAAGAAACUGUGACGUCAGAAUGUGGUGUUUGAUUGUUUCUAACAGGAGCUCUAUGUUUGUAUCACAUCUCUAUUUUUAUAGUUUGUCUACCUCCGUGUUUUACAGUGUAGAGUCACAACGUGCAGCGAUGUCACUUUUCUAUCGAUGAUUGUAAAUCCUCUGAGGACACUGAAUGUCCAGGUGUGUCCAGGUGUGUUCAGACACCUGCUCAGUGUGAGCUGAGCUCUCAGUAGCACACGUGGCUGUGCAGGUUUUACUGUUCCCUCGUUCUGCAUGGAGGCUGCUGCUGUCAAUAAACAAACAAACAAACAAACAACCAGAGAGUCCAGACUGGUUCUUCACCUUCAUCACCUCCAUCAUCAUCAUCACCUUCAUCAUCAUCACCAUCUUCAUCAUAAGCCAACAGAACCUGAGGGACUGGUUCUUCACCUUCAUCUUCAUCAGUUCAGCACAGCACUGAAUCACAACAGAAGUCGUCACAGGACGCUGCUCGUACAGAGACAAAUCCACCAUGAACAGAGAGGAAGAACCUGGACCAGACCCAGACUCAGGGUGGGCGGCCAUCUUCUCUGUAGAGAUGUAAAGUGUUAUCAGUAAAAACAGAAGUAGAACCAAUAACAUGUGAUAACAGCAGGUGCUGAGCAGGAUCAUAUUUAUAGGAUGUGAAUAUGUACAGAGAGAGAGAGGAGCUCAGUGCAUCAUGGGAACCCCCCCCUCCCGGCAGUCUAGGCCUAUAGCAGCAGAACUAGGUUCAGGUUCAGGUCUGAUCUGGCUCGGACUGUCAGCUUUAUCAAAGAGGAAAGUUUGAAGCCGACUCUUAAAGGUACAGAGGCUGUUUCUGCCUCCUGGACUGAAACUGGGAGAAGGUUCCACAGUAGAGGAGCCUGAGAACUGAAGGAACCACCUUCACCUUCAUCUUCAUCUUCAUCGUGAGAAA